AUGGUGCGAAAGGACCGAAUCAGGUUGUUGUUCCGUGACCAUGUACUCUCCAAAACCAAGCGAUCAACCUUCUCAUCAGAACAAAGCGAGAAACAACCUCCCUCUUUCCCUCAUUCACCACCCAUUCCAUCCCCUCGAAUCCCCAUCGAAAUCAUCUUUCAGAUCGUCCGAUACUGCUCUUCCACACCCGACACACUCUGCAAGCUCGCUGUAGUCAAUCAUGAAAUAUCCGAACUAGCCUUGAGAUUACUUUGGAGGGAUUUACCUUUGGGUUUGAGCUCGAAACAUCCUUUUGGUCAUACACCUCGAUUGGGCAGUUCGAGACGAUAUGAAUAUUCGAGGAAUUUAACCAAAGUUAUAAAUUGUGAUUUCACCAAUUACAAUUAUCUCACACGAUUGUCUUUCAUACCUCCUCAUCACCAUCGUUAUUCGAAUGUUACAUACGGUUAUGAUAAUCUUCAGACUGUCAAAUUCCAUUUGAAUACACUUAAGGGAAGUGGAGGUAAGGGGGGAUGGUCGGAGAGAAAAUCAACUUCAGAAGAUAUAAUUUCCAAAAAUUACGCAAAGAAAAUACCAACGAAUUUCAACAAGUUGAUAUGGGUCGGUAUACCUGAACCGUAUUAUAAAGAUUGUUGGUAUGCCUCAUGGGAUGAAGGUGGAUUUAGAUCUUAUAGCAACGAGAGUAGGAGCGAGAGGUGUAGGGGUGGACCAUCAAAAGUGAUUUUCCAACUAAAUGAUAUUUAUACCGAUUCGAUGAUUUCAUUCGUCAAGGAAACUUUCCUCAGAGCUAGAUUCCCCAAAGUCGAAGAACUAGUUAUAAGGUUCGUACCUAGGAAAAUCAUCGUGCCCUACACGCAAGGACCUGACAAAUCGUAUCCAUCAAGAUUCUCUCCCAGGCAAGAUCCAAUAUACGAAUUGCUAGAUGGACUAUGGUUGGGGAUAAUGAAAGAUGUGAAUAUAACGAUAGAUCGAAGGACGAAAGAGAGGAUCUUAGCUGGACAGAUGAACCAUGAAGGGACCUACGGUACUACUUCCACUAUCACUGCUCGUCCCAAAAUAACUGAAGAAGAGUUUGAGAAGAUCAUGAAUGAUUAUCUCGAGAGUAGAUUGACGAGACAGGCUAAAAGGCUGGGUAUGAAGGUGAUGAUAGAUGCUGGUGAGAUCGUUCAGGAUCAUGCGAAGAUUGCGAAUAUCAAGAUUGAAAGGAAGCAGAAAUUGAUGAGUAUGAGAGAAUAUGUAAAGGCGAGUAGGGAUUGGGAAGAUGAGCUGGAUAUGGAAGAUGUCAGAGCCUAUCUAUAG